AUGGAUUGUUUUGUGAACACCCCAAGGGAUGUGGAGUUGCUUGUUAAGUAUGGUAUCGUUGAAAAUUUUCUAGGCGACAACAGUGAGGUUUCUACUUUGAUUAAUAAGCUUGGAAAAGGGGUUCAAAUAAACGUCAAUAACUUUUAUUUUGCUAGUGUUUGUGAAGCCCUGAACACCUACUACAGAGCUCCCUGGAACAAAUGGAAGGCAAAUUUGAGACAAAAUUAUUUCAACACACCUUGGGCAAUUAUCUCUUUCGUUGCAGCUGUUUCUUUCCUCAUACUCACUUUCAUCCAAGCAGUGUGCUCCAUUAUAUCUAUUGCUUAA